ACUAUCUGCGCGCGCAAACCUUCAGCGCUGGAAUAGGCCCCCUUUGCUUCCCUGCCAGCCAUUGAGAGAGCCCACAAGUUUGUCAACCUUGACUGAAGGGGGGACAGGAAGGGGACUUGUAGAAGCGGUGACUCUCCGCGCCGUCCAAUCCCUUGCCCUGUACCUCUACGCCAGCAAACCCAUCGUAGCUCUGAUCAACACCGCAUCGUGCAGGAUCAACAUGAGCUCUCUCGAUCUGAUUUGUCGAGCGGACGACGUUAUACAAGGCGUGAGCGCUUGCGGGGCAGACCUCCGCCAGCACGCCGAAGGACAGCUCCAUUCAAUCCAGCCUGGCGCCGAUUCCCUCCCUCGCCCCGUCGACUCAUACGAGAAUGGCCUCUUUCCGAUAAACAAGCUGUCCGCAGAGACUCUGUCCAUCAUUAUCGAUUUCUAUCUCUCGGAGGAUACCUUCGUGUAUGCCCCGAUGGAGGUCAAGUUGCGGUGGUUCAUGCAUCCCGUCGACCGGGGCCCUUGCGUGCUGUUGCGCGUAUGCUCUCUGUGGCGUCGCAUCUGCACGACUCGCUUCGCAUCGUAUUAUGCGUCCUUGAUUGUGUCCAUCUCGCAAGGUACCAUCCCACCGCUUCCCGAGGGACGAGAAUACGACCCAUCCGUUGAUGGUGUAUUUGUCGGACAAUGUUUACGGCACUAUCUCGAGCUCUUCAGCAGGGGCUCCUUCGUGCUCACGAUGGAACAUGGAGCCAGGCGCCCGGCGGUCAUUCCACAAGAAGGCCUUCUAGAUCCAGCGGUGGAACCGUCACUCGACGUCGCCGAUACUAUGCUUGCUUCACUUGCCCAGCGUUACCGCGAAUUGAUCGUGCGACCCUCAAAAGACGAGGUCCUGAAGCAUUCUAUCCAGACGGCCGCCAAUGCGUUGUAUACACUGUGGCCUGCGCAGGGGUUGCUACAUCGCCUAGAAACACUCUCCAUCGACUUUGGAGAUAUCACUCGUCGCGGUACGAGCCUCCGAAGCAGCGAAGAAUGGAGAAUAUUAGCGCAAACCAAAUUAUUCGCUCACGCGCCGAAGCUCUGCCGGCUCAAGUUGUGGAGAAGAGCUAUUCACGUUUUGGACGCGCAUCAUCCGCUUGACCUGCCCUCGAAGCAGAUCAAGGACUUUUCAUGUCAAUAUUACGAGCCUCGCAGUUGCCUUGCCGCUCUGCUACAAUUUCCGUCCCUCACGACUUUGACUCUUCUUAGAUAUGUCUCAUACAAAGCGCACACAGAUGCGACCGCCCUUGACCGCCAUCGUCUGUGUGUCGAUGCUCCCCAAAACACAAGAAACCCGCGUCCAGUCACGACACCCAUUCGCCUGGCACAUCUAUCGCAUCUCAGCGUCUUCUGCCAACAUGGAUGUGUGGAUGGCAGCCAGAGGAAUUUCUACUACAUCGCGGAUUUGCUGAAGUAUCCGGACGAAAUCUUGGACUGGAUCUACGCACCCGCGCUCCAACGCCUGCGCAUUGGGUUCGCCUCCAACGAGGCGCCAUUCGGCAGGCGACCUCUCACUGUCAUCCGUACCAUUGGCUCCUUUCUCCGCCGGUCCAGGUGCGCCCUCGUCGAGCUGUUCGUGUUCCUCCACACGGAGGAGACCGAUGAGCAUUGGCUCAAGCUCUUCGGCUGCCUCCCCUCCCUCCGCGAGGUCACCCUUGGCAUGUCCUACGGCGUCCGGCUCUCCGCCAAGGUCUUGCGAGCACUCCGGGUCGCGCCCGAGCGCCAACUGCUCCUCCCCCACCUUCGCCGCCUCACGCUUAUUACGGACGAGUCGCCCGCCCUCGACAUCGAGACAUAUGCGCUCGCUGAAGCCAUCGAGUCCCGCAUCGGCGCUCACGAGCGCACAGGUGGCAUCGCUGAUGAUCUGGAGAUAUUCCAGCUAGCGUGCCAGGGGACGCACCGGUUCGUGUGGGACAAGGAGAUGAAGACGCGCAUGAAGAGCUGGGUGCGGCAGGGCCUUUGCGUAGGGCUGGCGGUGGUGGACGUGGCCCUGCCGACGGAGUUCAUCGAUAUCAGGGAUCAAGGAAAUUUCUUGAUGGACUGGGAAUGGAUACGUUAUUACGACGACGACGACGAGUAG